GGCAGGUCGGGUUGCUGUCUGGUGUAAGAGAGCGAAAUCCCACCACCAACCACAUUGCUCAGAAAAGUAAUACCAAAGAUUAAAAUUAGCAAAAACAGAUGGAGCAUUUGAUUUGAAUAAUUUGAAAGCCCAACCCCUUGGAGUACAUUAAAGAGGGGGAGAAGCGUUGAGUCGUUCUCUCCCGACACCUUCCGUCCUCCUUUCCGUCUCUUCUACCGUUCAAAGCCUGCCCAAAAUUCCUCAAGGUAACUUUUUUUUAAUCCAAUAUAAAUGCAUGUGAUCGAGAAAAGAUUGAGGGAAUUUAUUUAAGAUCGCGUGUCCGAUUCUUCUUCUAUGGGCUCUCUGGUAGUUUGCGGAGCUAGACAAGAAGGUUGAAGAGAAGGGCAGGAAGAAGAUGGAUGAGACUCUGGUUACUAGAUACUGGUGCCACAUGUGCUUACGGAUGAUAAAUCCAGUGAUGGAGGUGGAUAUCAAAUGCCCCCAUUGCAAUAAUGGAUUUGUAGAAGAAAUGGAUGGUGGGGGAGAAUUGGAUGCCUCCGGUCUGGGCUCCGACCGAAACCUCUCUCUUUGGGCUCCAAUCUUGCUUGGAAUGAUGAGCAGUGGCUCCCGACGCCGAAGGCUCCAAAGGGAAGAACAAGAGGAUGACUCCAGUUCAGAUCCUUACUUGGAAGCCCUUCGUCAAAGGAGGAGGAGCUCAGUCAUCCUCCAGCUUCUCCAAGCCCUCCGGGAAACAACCAGAUCAGAGUCUGAUAAUUCUGAAGGUGAGAGGGAGAGGGAGCGUGUGAUCCUAAUCAAUCCAUUCAACCAGGCCAUAAUUCUCCAAGGAUCCUUCGAUACAGGCGAAACUCAAGGACAAAAUUCGAACAGCAACAGCCUUGGUGUUUCUUUGGAAGACUACUUUCUUGGGCCUGGCCUGGAUCUUUUGUUGCAGCAUUUGGCAGAGAAUGAUCCUAACAGGCAUGGAACGCCGCCGGCUCGGAAAGAAGCAAUUGAUGCAAUGCCUACUGUAAAAAUUGAGGAAGCCAUGAGCUGCUCUGUCUGUUUGGAGGACUUUGAAAUAGGUGGAGAGGCUAGGGAGAUGCCCUGCAAACAUAAAUUCCAUUGCGGAUGUAUACUACCAUGGCUGGAGCUCCACAGCUCAUGCCCAGUUUGUAGGUUUCAAAUGCCAGCAGAUGAGUCGAAGGAUUCAAAUGGAGGUGGCAACAGCAGUAGGGUGGAGGGUGGUGGUGGGGAUGGUGGUGACGGGGGUAAUGGAGGGAACGGGAGGAGAUUUUGGGUGCCGGUGCCUUGGCCUUUCAAUGGACUGUUCUCAUUGUCGGGCUCCCAGAGCAGUGGGAAUUCUUCUCCAGCACCUCCAUCAUCGUCCACCUCUGGUGGUAAUUCAGCAUAAUAUGAACUGAAGAUAGCUGUUUAUGCUACUAUUGUUCUGCUUCUUUGGGUUUAAUACUAGUGUAAUAAUGUUUCAUUUACUGAAGCUGGAUCCUGGAAGUAUGGUUUCUGAGCCCCUUUCUUUGUUUUAUUUUAACAUUCUUUCCUUGUGUCUGUGAAGAAUUUGUGUUCAAAGAAUUUAGCUGCAUCAACUGGAAUUUCUCAUGUCUGCUUACCUUUUGGGGAAAUGAGUCUUAACUUUUACUUUUUG